AAGUUGUACGUAGAAAAUUUUUGUAUAAAAAGAAGGGCGCAAAUGAAGUAUUCAAUUACCUUUCUGGAAAUCUGGAUCGAAGUUUCUAGUUUUUUCAUGUUGAUUGUGUACCAUAGUUGAUCACCGUAUAUCUAUCGGUAGGAGAAUUGGUUUUUACUAUCUUGUAUGUUUUGGCGGAUUUUCCAUUCCAAAAUUUCAUCGCAUUCAUAGCCCUAAUCCUGUGCGGGAAUAGAGCCUCUGAGUGUUGUAUUCUGGUCUAUAAAUUGCUUGAACCCCUGUCCUUUAACCGCCAUGGAACGAAUUAUCGGCGACAAGUUUAAGAUAAUGAGGAAAAUUGGGAGUGGUUCUUUUGGUGAGCUUUAUUUAGGUGUCAAUUUACAAAAUGGAGAAGAAGUUGCCAUCAAGUUGGAACCAGUCAGGACCAGACAUCCACAGCUUCACUAUGAAUCAAAAAUAUAUUCCCUUCUUCAGGGAGGAACUGGUAUUCCUAGUCUUAAAUGGUUUGGAGUUGACAAGGAUUACAAUGUUAUGGUCAUUGAUCUUCUUGGUCCAAGUUUGGAAGAUCUCUUCAACUACUGCAAUAGGAAGUUCUCUCUGAAAACUGUGUUGAUGCUUGCAGAUCAGCUGAUUAAUAGAGUUGAAUAUAUUCACAAUAGAGGAUUGCUACACCGAGACAUAAAGCCAGACAACUUUUUAAUGUGAUUAGGUCGCAAAGCAAAUCAGGUGCUUUCAGCUAUUAGUUGUAAAGAUUAGUGUGACUUUUAAAUUUUGAGCAUGUAAAAUGGUUUUUUAGAGUGAAAUCUAAACACUUGAGCAGGUUUAUGCCAUAGACUUUGGCCUGGCUAAAAAGUAUAAGGAUCUCCAUACUGAUAGACAUAUACCAUACAGGGAAAACAAAAAUCUGACUGGCACAGCUCGUUAUGCUAGUAUUAAUACACAUCUUGGAAUUGAACAGAGCAGAAGAGAUGAUUUGGAAGCUUUGGGUUAUGUACUUAUGUACUUCCUCAGAGGAAGCCUUCCAUGGCAGGGAUUAAGAGCUGGUAAUAAGAAGCAGAAGUAUGACAAAAUCAUUGAAAAGAAACUCUCAACUUCUAUAGAGGGUCUAUGCAAAUCAUACCCCUCUGAGUUUAUUUCUUAUUUCCAUUAUUGUCGAUCAUUACGCUUUGAAGACAAACCUGCAUAUUCAUAUCUCAAGCAGCUUUUCCGAGACUUAUUUAUCCACGAAGGUUAUCAAUUUGACUAUGUAUUUGAUUGGACAAUUUUGAGAUAUCCUCAAAUUGGCAACAGUUCAACAGGAAGAUGGGCAUGCAGGAUUAGGAGCUUGGCCAUCUGCAGGACUAAGAAGGACAACAGCAGCAGCAGAUGUGAGGGAGCAGUUUACUAGUGGCGUGGAAGAAAAUUCUAGGAGAAAUACGUACAGAGCCGGUCGGCAUGGUGAACACUCAAGACAUAGAUCAGAUGAUAUACCUUCAUCUAAAGAUGUGCAAGCUGAUGAUUCAGAGAAGGCCCAAACAUCAAGAAACGGUAGCUCUUCAGAAAGAGGAGUAGCCAGUUCAACCCUCAAACCAACCAGCUCUUCCGUUGAAGCCACUUAUGGUGGUGGUGGUGGGUCCAGCAGAGAAGUCGUGUCGAGCAUGGGUCGUUCAUCAUCAGCUUUCUCCCAUUCCAGGAGACCUUCUGAUGACCCUGUUAGGAGCUUUGAAUUCCUGUCAGUAAGGAAGUGAAAGAUGCACUUCUAGAGAGUAAUUUUUUCUUUAAAUUGGUCACUUUUAGGUCCUGUUUAAAGAAAAUCAUAUCCAUACAGAACGUAUAAAUUCAAAUAUGUUAUUUACAAGAAGGGGCCUUCUUGUCCAGCAUAUCAAUAUAUGAUUAUCUCAGUAAUGGCCAAUGGCCUGGGUGUAUAAGCUGUAUUGAAAAAAAAUGCAGAGGUGGUUGUAAAGAGUGUAGAUUUUUUAUACAGUAUUACAUUAUUAACUGAUAGAAGCAUAACCCUUUGCCCAAUAAUAAAAGAAUCAUGUCAAAUAAGUUACACUAUUUGUAGUUAAAAGAGAGUAUGUUGCAACAACUGGUCAUCUAUUGUUAUUAUAUACGUAGUGUUGUUAU